AGACACCUGCUCUCAAUUCCCCUCUCUGUCUCCCUCCCAGGAAAGAAAGCCUUUCUCUGUUCCUACCUUGGACAACCACAGACAGGAUGAAAACACCGUCCUGCCGCUACACACUCCUGCCCAGCCUACUGGAUGAAACUUUCCCUCUGGAAACUAAAGAAGAUGCUGAGCAAGAGAACCCACCCUGUGCAGCUACAGAUGCUCCAGCCUUAUGCACAGAAGACUUCCAUGAACCGGUGCUGAAUGAAAAGAGCAACAUUGUGCACUCAGAAGAAAUCCAGAAGGCCAGGCAGUUGACCCCCGAUCUGUCCCUCUGGGACCUUGUCACAGUGUCCCAUGCCACAGUCAUUUCCAGGCUGGAUUACUGUCACUCGCUCUAUGGCCUGCCCUUGAGACUUCUCCAGAAACUUCAACUGGUCCAGAGUGUAGCAGUGAGAGUCCUUACUGCAGUCCCGAUGAGAGAUGGGAAAUUUGGAUUAUGGCUAGAUGGAGAUCUGAAUCAUGGAGGAAGUCAUCACUGUGAGACAUUCAAUAAUGAAACAUUAUCGCCCAGAGAGGAAUUCCUCAUUCAAGACUUGGAAGUUUGGACUCUGGCUUAAACAAAAUCCCUUUUUUUUUGGUUCCUGCAUGGGCAAUACAAGUAAUGUAGAAAUAAGCUGGGGUCAACAGACCUCCAUUAGCAGUUUCUCAAAAUUUCUUCAAAACAGCAUACAUCCACUGUGGAAGUAGUUAA